AUGGCUAUGGUGCACCCUUCUCGCUUGGGUCUUGUCCCUCCAGAUUCUUCUACUCGCAAACGGUCGCCUUCUCCGCGACCCUCCCGCCGCAGUCCUUCUCCAAGAAGAAGUUCAAGGACUGAGGAUCGUAACUCUCGGAAACACGAUAAACACGAUGAUAGAGAAAGAGAGGGCGACAAUGGGCGGGACAAAGGACGAGCUCGGUACUCUAGUCGUGAAGAUGACUAUGACCGUGGCCGAAGUCAUGGAAGAAAUAGAGAUAGAGGAGAGAAUAGGAGGGCUAGUCCAAAGUAUGAGGACUACAGACGAGCAUCUCCUCCCAGAGAUGAUCCUCCUCAUAAGAUGCAGGGUGAAAACAUGUACCCUGACAGAAAGGACCGGGGUUUGGACCGUGGCCCACCUCCGCAUAGUGGUUAUGUCCCUUCACGGAGCGGCGGAAGCGCAGAUUUCUUCGAAAGCCGCCGAUUACAGCGUGAAAGUAUGACUGUCGAUAUAUGGCCGCCAUCUCCGAAGGCUCCCACUCGAGAACUGUCACCCAAACGGAGCCACAAAAGAUCUAAACGACGACUCUCGAUAUCGUCUGACACUGAUUCUGAAGAAGAGGAACGUCGCAAGAAGGAAAGGACCGAGCGAAAGAAGCGGAAGGAACAGAGAAAAGAGGAAAAACGAGAGAAGAAAAGGAAACGGUCUCGAAGUCGACGACGGAGUGACGAGGAGGAGGAACGUCGAUCUAGGAAAAGAAGUUACAGCAAAAGCAAAUCCCCGCCCCGCAAGCGAACACGUAGUCCAUUGCCCAUCGACCAUGACGAUGAGUGGGUCGUCAAAGAUUCUGGGUCUGGAGCCAUGCUUCCUCCUGCGCUUCCAGUCUCGGAGCGUGUUCCUCAGACGUCCAUCAAUCGUGAUGUUGGCUCAGACGAUGAUGAUGAUACCGUCGGUCCUCAACCAGCGGUCAGACCGAACAUCAAACGCAUUGACGAACGGUCAUAUGGUGGAGCUCUACUUCGCGGCGAAGGUAGCGCCAUGGCCGCCUUCUUACAAGACGGAACCGAAUCACGUAUCCCUCGUCGUGGUGAAAUUGGUCUGACCUCCGACGAGAUCGCCCAGUACGAGGACGUGGGUUACGUGAUGAGCGGUAGUCGACAUCGCAGGAUGAAUGCCGUCCGUAUCAGGAAAGAAAACCAGGUCAUCAGUGCUGAAGAGAAGAGAGGUAUUUUGAAGUUGCAAAAGGAAGAGCGGGAGAGGAGAGAGACUAUCCUUAGGGAAGAGUUUUCUGAGCUUGUACAAGAAAGUUUGAAGGGUGCGGAAAGACCCAAGGCGGGUUGA